GGGGCAAGGGCUGCACGGGUGGAGCGAGCCGGUGACGGCCUUGUCAUCGGACCCAUUCCUGAGAAUUUGUGCGAGGGCCCUUGCACAAGUUCGCUUCCCAAGACUGGCUUAGUGUGCGGCUAGAAAACUUUAGACAGUCACCUUUAGAUUGCCGCUUCACGCCCAAUGAGCACCGCGCACCAUGUCGUCUCAAACUUCUAGCAACAACCAACAGAAGAACCAGGCCCCGGCCAAGUAUGCGAACAGCAACCUCAAUGCGGUGUUUGCAAAGCCUUCAGCGCCGGCUGCCGCUCAGUCGUCAACGAGCGGCACCAUCAAUCGUAUGGGCAUGCUGGUGCUCUCCAAGCGCACGACCCGAGCAGUUUCUGGCGCAAAGGUAGUGGUACCCAAGCCCGUCAACCUCCCGUCGCUGAAGAAGGAGCACGCUGGUAACGACCCUACUACUCAGCUAGUUCCGACUGGCGCCAGCGCUGGCUGGGCCAAGCCCGAGGAGCCUUCCGCACCGGCGCAGCCUCAGGAGGUCCGGUCCGCACUCACAGCGGGAAGCAACUGGGCCUCGCAGACGCGCCUGGGCUCUGGAGCUUGGACAUCUGGCGGAACAGACUCGCCAGCGCCGGCCCGACCUUCUUUUCCACUUGACCGCCAUCUCAAUCCGGACGAGUACCCCAGUCUUGCAGCGACCGCCCGCAGCAGCUCACAGCCAUCCAAGCAGAGGCCUGUCCCUUACGAGCAGCCGCAGGACGCGCGCGGCUGGGCGGACGACGAGCGGGCGCCUGCCAGGCACGGGGACUGGGACGACGAGCGGGGCCGGGACUGGGACCGGGGCGGCCGGGAACCGCGGUUUGACCCCUACGGACCUCCCCGGCCGGGCCAUUUCGACGACUACGAUGAGCACCCUCGCGGUGGCCGCCCAUACGACUCGUAUGGGCCUCCGCGUCCGGGUGGCGGGUAUGACUAUCCGCCCCCACCCCCGCCGCGGCGUCCUGGGUACGAGCGGGAGACCUACGAGCGCUCCUACGAGCGAUAUGAGCGCCCAGCCGAGCGCUAUGAGCGCCCGGCUGAGCGCUACGAGCGCCCGGGUGGCUAUGGGGGCCGCUUUUCGGACUUCGAUGAUAGUCUCAUUCCGCCGCCCCCGCCGCCCCGUCCUGGCGCGGUGAGGGACGCGCCCCCUCCGCCACCGCCGGCCGCGGCGGAGGAGGAGGAAGAGGACCCGGAGCGCGCGGCGUUUGAGGCGGAGCUGCGCAACCUGCAAGCCGAGAUUGGCAAGAAGAAGGCGGCGGAGCAGCGGGACACAGGGGCGCAACGGCCGGCACAGACGGAGGCGGCCCAGCAGCAGGAGCAGGCCGCAGGAGCCGAGGAGGCUGGCCCCAAGCAGCCCGAGGCCGGGUCUUCGGCUGGAAAGAGCCAUGCGGCGAAGCCGUCUCCGCGUGAUUUGGAAGAGGACGACCGCCGGCGCAAGCAGGCGGCGACGGACAAGCUGCGUGCGAUGGAGGACAGCAUGGCGCCGCGUGGGCCCAGCAAAGGGAAAGAGGCAGAGGUGGAGGGGAAGCCGCCGCGCCCCGACAGCGCCGCAGGCGGCCGGCCGGGCAGCAAGGCUAUUGACAUUGCGGAGUCGUCCAGCUCGCGGCCAAACGCUUGGGGCAACGUCCCCAAGCCACCAACCACGGCUAUGUUCGGCUCCUUCGAUGAGCACCUGCUAGAGGAGCUGCACCGGACGCCGGCGCCCGCUCCCUCGGCGAUGCAGCAGCAGCAGCACGGGCACCACUCACACCUGGGGCCGCACGGCGGGCAGUACCAACAGCAGCAGCAGUACCAGCAGCAACACCAGUUCCAGGGCAUGCCGCCGCAGCAGGGCCAGCAAUACGGCCAGCACCACAUGUAUGGCCAGCAGCAGGGCGCUCCGCAGGAGGACCAGGGGCGCUCGAAGCCGUGGCGGCCAGCUGAGGGCAUGACGCCAACGCUGCUGACGCACGCAAACGCUCAGAACGUGACGGGCCAACAGCAGCAGCCCGCACACAAGGAUGGCCCGUCCGCGCCCAUGUAUGACCCGAACAGUUACGACCGGCGUGCGUUGCCGCCCAGCGGCCGCGGGCGGCGGGAGUCUGGCCGGGGUCGGGGCCGGGGCGGUGGCAGUGGCUACGACAGCCCUGCGGAGGGUAUGGCGCCACAAGAUGGCGCUGCUGGGCCUGUGGGCGAGGGCCCCGAGGGCGGUCGCGGGCGUGGCCGGGGCCGGGGCGCUGCUGCCGAGCGUGGCGGCCGUGGCGGCCGCGGUGGCCGCGGCGGCCGUGGCCGGGGCCGGGGCGAGGACUCGGGCGCGGAGGAGGAGGUCGGUGUGGCUCCUGGUGGUGAGGCGGGCGAGGGUGAGCCCGGGGGCCGGCGCAGCCACUCGGCGUUUUCUGGUCGCCAGGGCGAUAGCGCGCCGGGCUCAGGCUCGGAGCGCCCGCCCACCGGGCGCAACCAGCGGCGCGAGCCUCGCGGCGGGCGUGCUGCCGGCGGCCAGGGCGGUGAUGCUGCCCAGCCAGGUGCGGGUCAACAGGCGCCCUCUGGUGGCGCUGCGUCGGAGCCCCGCCAGGACCGCCCCCCGUCUGCGCAUGGCCGACAGCAGCAGGCGCCGUCGCAGAGCCAGCAGGCUGUGCAGGCGCAGGCUCAGCAGCAGCACCAGCAGCAGGCCGCAAAUCUGGCUGCUGCCGCGGCGGCUGCGGCAGCUGCCAGCGCCUCAACAGACCCUAACAGCAGCAGCUCACUGGCUUGGGGCAGCAAAAUCGCAACGGACGUGGCGGCGCGCACGCUGGAGGACCCGCUGGUUGCGGAUACGCCCGUGGUCAACCUGCCUGCCUCGCUGGACCCCACGCCCGCCAUCAAGCCGGCCGGCGUGCUUGGUGUUGCCCUGGGCGCUCAGGCGUUUGACCGCUCCAUAGGCCCUAAGGCUACGGCGCAGCCUUCGCAGCAGCAGGCGCAUGCGCAGCAGCAGCACGCGAUGGGCGGCCCUAAGCCGGGCGGCCCGGGUGCGCAGCAGCACGCUCAGCAGCACGCGCAGCAGCAGGACCUGACCAGCAAGAGCGUGGAGAUGCUGGACAGCGGUAUGCCGGCACUGCCGGCCGACCUGAACCUUGACAUGCUGCCUUCUAAGCCGGCGCCGGCGGGCAUGUCGUCCGGUCUCGGUGGCCUGGCGGCCGCCGGCAGCGGUAUGCAGGCGCAGGACGCGCGGGGGCCACUUGGGGGCGGGUACGGUGCCUUCGGCGCCGGCGCUGGGGACCACGGUGCUGGAGCCGGCGCCAAUGCGCCCGGGGGCGUGGGCCCUGGUGGCAUUUCCAUGUGGAGCCAAGCCAACGCGCUGGGCGGCUUCAAUCAGGCCGGCAGCGGGCUGCAGCCGCACCAGGUCAACACCGCUGGCCUCACGGCAGCAAUGCAGGCCUUUUACAACCCCUCGUCGAUGUUCCAGAACUCCCCGGGCAUGGGCGGCGCGGGCGGUGCCAGCGCCGGCGGCGCAGGCGCGGCAGCCACGGGUGCGGCAACCGGCGGCAGCAACGCACAGCCCGGUCAGCCGCUUAUGUUGGGCCCCUUCGGCCAGGGCCCCUUUGGCGCGCCCUUUGCGCCGCCAGGUGGCAUACGCCCCUUCGGCAUCCCGCCGGGCAGUCAGUUCGGCGGCCUGGGGGGCAACUUCCUCAUGCCGCAGCCCUUCCUGCCCACCAACAAGGAGCCCGACUGGUCGGUUGGGCUGGGCGCACAGAACACGAACCUGGGUGGGCCGUCCACGCUCGCCAGGGACUUGGGCAUGCCACCUCAGUUCAUCGUGCAGGGUGGCAACGCCGGCGUGCCGGGCCAGGGUGGCGCGGGUGCGGGCGGGGCGGGUGCCGGCACUGACAGCGGUGCCGGCGGCGCUGUUGGCGCCGCGGGCUUCGGCGCGCUACCCAACACGCUACUCGGACCCGGGUUGCAGUCUCUCGCGCAGGGGCCAGGCGGCUUCGCGGGCCCCAAGCAGCAGCCGGGCCUUGGCCAUCCCGGCAUGAAGCCGGGCGUGCCCCAGGCGUACGGUGCCCAGCCGCAGCAGCAAGGCAUGGGGCCGGGCGGCAAGGACCCGCAGAAGCCCAACCUGCCGGAUGAUAUCUUCGACAUGAAGCCGUCGCAGCAGCAACAGCAGAUGCAUCACCACCAGCAGAUGCAGCAACAGCAGAUGCACCAGAUGCAGCAGCAACAACAAAUGCACCAGAUGCAGCAGCAAAUGCAGCAGCAGAUGCAGCCGGGCAGCCGCGUGCCCGGGGGCCCGCUGGCUCCACCGGUGCCCGCUGCGUCAGGGCCAGCUCGCCUGGGCCACGGCGCGUCGCCCGGCCUUCCUGUGCCUGGCGUGAACCAGCCGCAGGCGGUGCCUAUGCCGCAGCAGGCGGCACCGGCUCCGGCCAGCGGCCCGAUGAAGCCCAUUCACGUGGCGGGGCCAGGGCCGGCUCCUGCUCCUCCGGUGCAGCAGGGCCAGGCGGCCGCGGCGGCUGGGCCCAUCGGCGGCGGUCGCGGAGGGCGUGGAGGACGCGGCGAGGGCCGCGGCGUGCCCGCUGCUCGCACGGUCACGGUGGAGGGCGGCCGCGGUCGCGGCUUCGCCGGCCGGGGUGGCCGGGGCGGUGCCAAGGCGGAGGACGGUGCGUCUGCGGGCGGGCCCGGUCCAGCCGGACCGGCCCAGGGUUCUGCUGCGCCUGCGCUCGGCGGCCAUAUGGGCCAGGCGCACCCCGCCAUGCCGGCGCCACAGGGCCUGCCGGCUGGCAGCAAUGGAGGGGGUCCUUCUGCUCCGGGUGGCGGCCGAGGCGAUGGCGGCCGCGGAGAUGGUGGUCGCGGUGGCGGCCGGGGCAGGGGCGGCGGCGGUCGCGCCCGUGGUGGCCGCGGCGGGGACGGCGGCCCUCCUCCCCCGGCUGGCCGCGGUGGCCCGGGAGGUCGCGGCGGCAGGGGCGCCCCUGGCGGCGCUGGGCCCGAUGGCGACAAGAGCAAGUCGUAACAGAGAGGUUGGCAGUCUAGUACCUAAUUUAGUGUUACCCCGGAUAGCGGACAUCACUAAGCUGGCAUAAGGGCAGCUUACUACGCUGCAGCAUACGGCGGUAUGCGACAGCGGUUGAAGGCGUAGCCUCAAGGCUCGCGGACCAAGCAAUAGUCUUGGUCUUGCACUGGUUGCUGAGGUGCGUUCAUACCCCUGUGCAUGAGUAAAUGGAGCUGCGCGGUUGCAUGGUGCCGCAUCGAGGUGCGAUGGCCCCAGCGCCAGGAAGCGUAGCAUGGAAUCGAGGUUGUUAAUGGAAACAGAGGGCAGUAUGUGGUUCAUUCUGCGCUGACGAUGCAGCAGAUGCUUCGCGCCGUCCAGCAAUGCCACGAGUGGCUGCUGCAAUCACCGUAUGCUUGCGCGCUUUGCGGGCGCUGAGUUGCGCGGCGGUGCGCGCCACCAAGUUGUCGAGACAAUAGCAACGCGGCACAAUGUUCGGGCACGGCAGUCACUGGAGGCGGCUGAUAGCUGGGUCGAGUGAAGAGCGCGAGCUGAGCAGGAUGGCAUGGCAUAGCACGAAUGAGGCUGGAAUACACUCAGCCCUGUGCGCCCAAUGCACGUAUCAUGUGCCUACACCGCAGUGGAGAAGAGUCCGGGUGCCUGAUAUACUGGAGGUUGCCGGGGCUUCGAGUGCUACUUUGCACAGCGUAUGGUAGGCACGCGGACGAUCAAGGCCAGGAAUCGCGGUCCCGCAACCUUUUGUCACAACUUUGGAGCAUCCCGGCUGCGCACCAGUUAGCACCAGGUACCCAGCAGGCACGAGCGACAUGGACAUGCGCCAUAUAUUGUGUGAUGCUGUGCAAGGGAGAACGUUUGUGCGCUGCUUAGAUGCCACGGAGCACGAGCAAGGCACUUGGAGUUGCCAGCUACGGCUGGCAAAGGUGCUCAGUGACGUGUCGUCAUUGGUUAAGCUGCUGUGAAGCCUAGUUGAGGGCGCCCCUCGAAAGCCCCAUCGGGGCGACCGGAAGCAUGUAACCGUGCAUGGUG